UCUUGGAGGUUUGGUUGUCCCUUGCCGGCUACAGAAGAACUGCCCUUCCUUUAGAAACAGGACCAAUACUCCUGGAACACACCGGGAUGCAGGAGUAUGAUGUCAUCGUUUUGGGCACAGGUCUGAAGGAAUGCAUUCUCUCAGGGAUAAUGUCAGUGGGUGGUAAAAAGGUCCUUCACAUUGACCGCAACCCAUACUAUGGAGGAGAGAGUGCCUCUAUCUCCCCACUGGAAGAGCUGUAUAAGAAAUUCCACGUGUCAGGUCCUCCGACGUCCAUGGGCCAUGGGCGUGACUGGAACGUGGACCUCAUCCCCAAAUUCUUGCUGGCCAAUGGGGAGUUCGUGAAGAUGCUACUGUAUACAGGGGUGACUCGGUAUUUGGAUUUUAAGGUGGUGGAGGAUAGUUUUGCAUACCGGGCAGGACGACUUCACAAGGUCCCAUCAACAGAGGCUGAGAUCCACUCAUCAGAUCUGAUGGGCAUGUUUGACAAGCGCAGAUUCCGUAAGCUGCUACAGUUUGUGCUGAACUUUGAAGACAACAGCCCGCGAACCCACCUCGACAUGGAGCCCAAACGCACCAGUACCAGGGAGCUUUUCCACCACUUCGACCUUGGGCCAGACAUCAUUGAAUUCACAGGACAUGCCCUGGCUCUAUACCACAAUGAUGAGUACUUGGACCAGCCCUUCCUCCAGACGAUAAAACGCAUCAGACUGUACACAGAGUCUCUGGCCCGCUUCAAUCACAGUCCCUACCUCUACCCCAUCUACGGGCUGGGAGAGCUGCCACAGGGAUUCGCCCGACUCAGUGCAGAGUAUGGGGGAAUCUACAUGCUGAACUGUUCGGUGCAGGAGAUCAUGAUGCAGAACGGAAAAGUUUCCGGAGUGAAGUCGGAGGGACAGGUAUAUCACUGUAAGCAGCUGAUCUGUGACCCCAGCUAUGUUCCCCAUCGGGUGAAGAAAGUUAGCCGAGUCAUUCGGGUUAUCUGUUUACUUGACCAUCCAAUCAGAUCUACUCACGAUGCCAACUCCUGUCAGAUCAUCAUCCCUCAAACACAGGUCAACAGAAAGUCAGACAUCUACGUUUGUAUGGUGUCUUACACACAUAAUGUUGCAGCGGAGGGGAAGUAUGUUGCCAUGGUGAGCACGACCGUGGAGACCAAUAACCCAGAGAAAGAAGUGAAGCCAGGCCUGGAGCUGCUGGAGCCCAUUCUAGAGAAAUUUGUCUCCAUUGAUGACCUGUUUGUGCCCAAAGAUGAUGGGAGGUUGAGCCAGGUGUUUAUCUCCCGGUCCUAUGACGCUGCCACACAUUUCGUGACAGAGUGUGAGGACAUUAAGGACAUGUACCAUCGCAUUACGGGGUCAGAGUUCAACUUCAGCAGCCUGCAGAGUGCCACGUCGUGGCGGACUGAGUGAAUGACACACAGCACUGCCUGCAGAAUGAUGUACGAUGGUAAAC